GAGGCCGGCCGCCGAGCCUCCCGUUCAUUAGCAGUUGAGAAAAAUUCCUUUCUAGUUUGAUCAAUCCUUGUUUUCCUCGGCAGAGCCGCGGCGCCCGCCCAGCGCGGAGACGGAGAGUGGGGUCUUUCCGCGGCUUGGGGCGCCCGGCUCGCCGCGGGUCCUACGGGAGCGCAGAAGUAGCUACGAGGGGGUCAGGCCGGAGCACCUCCGGGGCUUCUCCCUCCUUCUCUCCCUCCCUUCCCCCCUCCCUCCUUUUCUGGUUGCUUUUUUUUUUUUCCACUUCUCUCCCUCCCCCUUCCGUUUCUAUUUGUGAAGGGAGGAGGAAGGCAGAGGCGGGCUGGUGUCUCUGGCCGGGGACUGGAAUUUCAUCUGAAUGACUGCCCCAGCGCUCACGCAGCGCCCCGGAGUCGGCCCGCCCGCGCCCCGCAACCCGCACCCGGCCGGCCAGUGGGGGUCUUGUUUUCUCCCCCCCCCGGCCUAGAGACAGCCGGCUAGCCUGCUCCGCACCGUCAGCCUCUAGCAGCCAUCUGCUACGAUCGCACUCGCUUCACGGGCCCCUCGGACCUCGGCCAUAGGCCAGGCGAGUGAGGCACGGCGUCACCGAGCCAGGCGGGAGCCAUUAUUCGCCGCGGCCGUCGUUAGAGGAAGUAGUGUGCGGCUCCCCGGCUCCGUCCGCCUCGGGGCGCGCCCCUAUGUCCGCCGCGGGGCCGAGCGCAGGCUGUGGGCCGCAGCUGCCGUAGCCGCACCGACGGAGGAAGCGGCCUCUUAUAUGGAAUUUGGAGCCCAGCGCUCCCCUCCAGGGCCGGUGCCCCAGCCGCGGCCCUGGCGCAGUCCGCCGCCUCCCGCUAAGCGCUCGGGAGGAGGAGGAGACGCCGACGGCGGCGCGCGCGGCGCGAGGACCGAGGCUCCUUCCUCCGGGGGGCGGGCACGCGGAAGACGCUGGUGAUUGAGCGACUGUCGGGGCCGCUGGGAGCCGGAGCUCCGGCCUCUGUGGGCCCACAGCUGCACCGGACGGACCCCCAGGGUUGGGGAGUUGGGGAGGCCUGCCCGGGCCCCCUGGCCGCAGCCGCCAUGGCGGAGAAUUGGAAGAACUGCUUCGAGGAGGAGCUCAUCUGCCCCAUCUGCCUGCACGUCUUCGUGGAGCCCGUGCAGCUGCCGUGCAAACACAACUUUUGUCGGGGCUGCAUCGGCGAAGCGUGGGCCAAGGACAGCGGCCUGGUGCGCUGCCCGGAGUGCAAUCAGGCCUACAACCAGAAGCCGGGGCUGGAGAAGAACCUGAAGCUCACCAACAUCGUGGAGAAGUUCAACGCCCUGCACGUGGAGAAGCCGCCGGCGGCGCUGCACUGCGUGUUCUGCCGCCGCGGCCCCCCGCUGCCCGCGCAGAAGGUCUGCCUGCGCUGCGAGGCGCCCUGCUGCCAGUCCCACGUGCAGACGCACCUGCAGCAGCCCUCCACCGCCCGCGGGCACCUCCUGGUGGAGGCGGACGACGUGCGGGCCUGGAGCUGCCCGCAGCACAACGCCUACCGCCUCUACCACUGCGAGGCCGAGCAGGUGGCCGUGUGCCAGUACUGCUGCUACUACAGCGGUGCGCAUCAGGGACACUCGGUGUGCGACGUGGAGAUCCGGAGGAAUGAGAUCCGGAAGAUGCUGAUGAAGCAACAGGACCGGCUGGAGGAGCGAGAACAGGACAUUGAGGACCAGCUGUACAAGCUCGAGUCAGACAAGCGCCUGGUGGAGGAGAAGGUGAGCCAGCUGAAGGAGGAGGUGCGGCUGCAGUACGAGAAGCUGCACCAGCUACUAGAUGAGGACCUGCGGCAAACAGUGGAGGUCCUGGACAAGGCCCAGGCCAAGUUCUGCAGUGAAAAUGCGGCGCAGGCGCUGCACCUCGGGGAACGAAUGCAAGAAGCCAAGAAGCUGCUCGGCUCUCUGCAGCUACUUUUCGAUAAGACAGAGGAUGUCAGCUUCAUGAAGAAUACCAAGUCUGUGAAAAUCCUAAUGGACAGGACCCAGACCUGCACAAGCAGCAGCCUUUCUCCCCCUAAGAUCGGCCACUUGAACUCCAAGCUCUUCCUGAAUGAAGUGGCCAAGAAGGAGAAACAGCUUCGGAAGAUGCUUGAAGGCCCUUUCAACACACCGGUGCCCUUCCUGCAGAGCGUCCCCCUGUACCCUUGUGGCAUGAGUGGCUCUGGGGCGGAAAAGCGCAAGCACUCGACGGCCUUCCCGGAGGCCACUUUCCUAGAGACGUCCUCCGGCCCCGUGGGCAGCCAGUACGGGGCAGCAGGCACGGCCAGCGGCGAGGGCCAGUCUGGGCAACCCCUGGGGCCCUGCAGCUCCACGCAGCACUUGGUGGCCCUGCCAGGUGGCACCCAGUCAGUGCACUCGAGUCCUGUGUUCCCCCCAUCGCAGUACCCCAAUGGCUCCGCCGCCCAGCAGCCCAUGCUCCCCCAGUAUGGCGGCCGCAAGAUUCUGGUCUGCUCCGUGGACAACUGUUACUGUUCUUCCGUGGCCAACCAUGGCGGCCACCAGCCCUACCCUCGCUCUGGCCACUUCUCCUGGACAGUGCCCUCACAGGAGUACUCGCACCCGCUUCCGCCUGCACCCUCCGUCCCCCAGUCCCUUCCUGGCUUGGCAGUCAGAGACUGGCUCGACGCCUCCCAGCAGCCUGGCCACCAGGAUUUCUACAGGGUGUAUGGGCAGCCAUCCACCAAACACUACGUGACAAGCUAACGCCACGCAGGCGGCGGGGGCUGGGGACCCUUCCCCCCAGCCCUGGCGGCUCGGGAAUUCCGUACCCAGAGACCUGCCCUUCUCCCUUCUGCCCCUCCCCCUUCCUCACUUCAUUCCCCCAAGUCUUUUCCUUUCAGAAUUUGUUUUGUUUGGGGUUUUUCUUUUGUUUUGUUUUUUUUUUCAAAUAAUGAAUUCCCCCACCCCCCGGAUGUGGGGGUGACAGUCGAGCUAGCUGGGGCAGGGGCUGCAGGUGGUCCUUGAGUUGGGAAAAAUGUCUGUCUAAAGGCACAGAGCUCUUUUUUUUUUAACUCCCCUUCACAUCUUGGAAGGAGCCUCAGUUUCCCCUGAAGCCUUCCUCACUUGUCCCUGGGGGAAGGUCCAGUGCCCACUGGUCCGUUUCUCCUCCCGUUUUCUCUUGGGCAGUUUGAUCACUGAUUGAGUAAGGAAUGACCUAUAGAUUGUGGGACCUUUUUUUUUUUUUUUUUUAAUGUUUUUAAACCAAGGAUGAUUUCUCCUUUUCACCAUCUUCCCAAAUGGAACUCAAAGGCUACUUCUCAAGCAGCUUUUGGCACCCUCAGCCUCAGAGUGGAAUCUUUCAAACACCAGAGCCCCAUGUCCAGGAAAGGGGAAAAGGAACUUUGCCAAUGAUAGUGACCACAGCAAAAGCAAAUAAUAAUAUUAAUAAUAAUUAAGAGAAAUAAAAGAAAUAAUAAAAUUUUAAAAAAACCCAAUAGCACAGCCCUUGUUGAGGUCGGUGGAGGAGGGGCUGCCCCAAGUUGGGUCCUCAUGUGGAUUUUGACACGCAGUUUCUGUAGUGAGCACUUUGUAUGAAUUGUGGACUUCCUGUUCUCAAGGCACAGGUAUUUAUUCUGUAAUCUGUCUAGAGCACACACUGAAAUCCAACCUUCUAAUAAACACGAUGGCGUAGCCCC